CUAAUCAACGGGCAUUUGGUUUACAAGAAAGGCAUCGACAACACAAAUCUAGGCAGUAAAAUGCACAACUGUAGCUAGUAGAACACUGUAACACAAUUCAGGAAUACUAUUACAGGCCAGCAGUCAGCUGGUCUUCUACAUCGGCCUACCCAUGGAGUACUCGUGAAAUAGUCUGUAAUCUCACUUAGAUUUUGUGGAAAAAAAGACAACCCUCUAGAAUACUAGGAAGAGAGAAGUAUAUAUAUAUUUUAAAUCAGUGUUUAUAGAAAUGGCUGCACAAUCCAAGGAAUCAUGUCAAAAGAACGCUUUUAACAUUUUCAUAUCAGAACAGGCAAAAUGCCAACAGUUCAACAGCUCAACAGCCCAACAGCCCAACUUCAACCAUACGGACUGGUCGGUUUCCUGCAGAGAGAUUGUCGCCGUCUCCCUGCGUCCCUGCUGUGUCAGCAACAUAGACGCUUCUUCUGGAGGAAGUGGAGAAGUUCUCACAAUGUGGUUCGCCCGGCUACUGUUCGGCCUGCAUAUGCAGUGCCCAAGCACAUAGUGCGACCUGACUAUGUAGGUACAGGACUGGUCCCAGAGUGGCCCGACUACAUCGAGAUCAUAAACCAAGAGCAGAUCGACGGCCUUACCCGAGCGUGUCAGCUUGCCAGACACGUGCUGUUACUGGCCGCACGCAGUCUGAGGGUUGGCAUGACAACGGAUGAAAUAGACUUCAUUGUGCACCAGGAGACGAUCAAGCACAACGCCUACCCGUCCCCCCUCAGAUACGGCGGUUUCCCCAAGUCGGUCUGCACAUCUGUGAACAACGUGGUCUGUCAUGGCAUCCCCGACAGUCGACCACUUCAAGAUGCCGAUAUCAUCAACAUCGAUGUGACCGUGUAUUUGGAUGGUUACCACGGCGACACCUCAGAAACCUUCUUGAUCGGCCAGGUGGAUGAGGCCGGGCAGCGUCUGGUGGAAACCGCCAGACGCUGCCGAGAUGAGGCCAUCGCUGCCUGCAAGCCGGGUGCACAGCUCUGCGUUAUAGGAAACACUAUUAAUGAAAUAGCUCGGGCCAAUGGCUUCAAAGUUUGUCCUUAUUUCAUUGGACAUGGAAUAGGCUCCUACUUCCACUGUCAUCCUGAGAUCUGGCACCAUGCUAAUGACAAUGACAUGACCAUGGAUGAAGGGAUGGCUUUCACAAUAGAGCCUAUACUGAUGGAGGGGUCUGCAGAGUUCAGAAUCCUGAAGGACAAGUGGACUGCCGUGUCUGCAGAUGAUAAAAGGUCGGCUCAGUUUGAACACACGGUGGUCAUCACGUCUGCUGGGGUGGAUGUUCUCACCAAACUGCCAGAAGAAAGCAACCUGUGACCUGGAGGGAUCUAACUCGGUUUCCAGCUCUUAGAUUUGUUCAAUCCCUUUCGACGGACAGUUCAGUAGACCACAUUAGAGUAAAUGUGAUCAGCGACAGUAAACGGGUAAAAUUAACAUUAGCAGGGUCUCGGUCUGGAUUCUAGAAUCAUGGAGGCCAUGAGUUCAGACUCACCCACCUUAUUAAUUAAAGACUUUUCACCAAGCAAA